UGUAGACAAUAAAUGUCUGAUGAUAGAGCAACUCCCCAGAGAUUAGAUCCUGGGAGAACUCUGACCACGUCAGUCUGUCGGCUCAUAGAAAGGGGGUAUAAGUCUCAUUCUUGACUCUGCAGCCAGUUUGGGACACAAAGAGGUGGGGGUAGGUGGGACAACCCGAAACAACCAGGAAGGAGGAGCUCUGGCUUCAAGUACCCAUUCCCACCCCAGAAGCUAGGUAGGCAAAAAGGCAAAGUAGGGCCUAGUAGCCCAGGCUGAAACGUGGGGGGGUUAAAAAAAUGCCAUCUCCUAGCUACUGAGAGGUGACAUCUCCGGGCUCUGGAGAAAAAGGCUCUGGCCAGUCUUCGCUGCCCCUUCCUCUGUGGCUCUGGCCAGCACCGGGCCUCUUGUCCAUGGGGAGGAGAAGGUAUCAGAUGGGCGGGUUUAAGCGUUUGCGGUGGAAAUCCCGAGGCCGCCUGCUCCUCCCUGUGAGUGUGUGUGUCUGCCUCUCUCUGCACUGAAGCAGCAGCGGCGGCGGUGGCAGAGGCAGCGGGAGCAGCAGCAGCCGCGACAUCGGUAGGAUUGGACCUGAGCAUAGGUGCGGUGGUGGUGGCAGCUGCCCUGUGCUCUACAGGAGGCCCAUACGCCCCGUCCCAGGCCGCCCCCAGACUCCCAGCGUUGCCAUGCUCGGGCCCUAGCCCCUGCCCCGAGUCCCCCUUUCCCCCGUUCCUCCCCCAGCUUUCCUUCAGCUCUUUGCUUCCCUGGGGGCAGCGGCCAGGGCCGCGUGCGUGAGCUGGGGUGGCUGCCGCUGUCUCCAGCCCCGCAGCCCCCUGCCCUAUCCCUCGGCCCACCUCUGCCACCACCUCCCUCUGCAACCUCCGCCUCGGUCGCCGUUUCUUCAAUGGGCAAUCUGCUAAGCGGGACCAGUUUCAAGGAGCCCACCACUGUGGAGGACUGCGACUCCACCUGGCAGACGGACUCCGAGCCGGAGCCGGACGAGGAGGAGGACGGCCGAGACGGCAGCGGCCCCGGCAGCCGCGAGGGCCCGGGGCAGGAGCCCGAGCAACCGGCGGGGCCAUCUCCCCGGGCCAGCCUGCGGCUAGAAGACAGCACAGGCGCACCUGAGGGAGACACGGACGCCGCCGGUAGCAAGGAGCAGAAUGAGGAUUCUAGUGAGUCAUCUGCCAAACCAAAGAGAAGCUUUUAUGCUGCAAGAGAUUUGUACAAAUAUCGACACCAAUACCCACAGAACUUUAAAGAUCUCCGAUAUCAAAAUGACUUAAGUAAUCUCCGUUUUUAUAAGAAUAAAAUUCCCUUUAAACCAGAUGGUGUUUACAUUGAAGAAGUUCUAAACAAAUGGAAAGGAGAUUAUGAAAAACUGGAGCAUAACCAUACUUAUAUUCAAUGGCUUUUCCCACUGAGAGAACAAGGUUUGAACUUUUAUGCUAAAGAGCUAACUACAUAUGAAAUUGAGGAAUUCAAAAAAACAAAAGAAGCAACUAGAAGGUUCUUCUUGGCUUAUAAAAUGAUGUUAGAAUUUUUUGGAAUGAAGCUGACUGAUAAAACUGGAAAUGUGGCUCGGGCUACUAAUUGGCAGGAACGGUUUCAGCAUCUGAAUGAGUCCCAGCACAACUACUUAAGGAUUACCCGGAUUCUGAAAAGCCUUGGUGAGCUUGGAUAUGAGCAUUUUAAAUCCCCUCUUGUAAAAUUUAUUCUUCAAGAGGCUCUUGUAGAGAAUACUCUUCCAAAUAUCAAGCAAAGUGCUUUGGAAUAUUUUGUUUAUACAAUUAGAGACCGAAGAGAAAGAAGGAAGCUCCUCAGGUUUGCUCAACAACAUUACACCCCUCCAGAUCAUUUUAUUUGGGGACCUGUUAAAAAACAAAAGCUUGAAGGAAACAAAGCAGCCAAGACCUCUAUAUCUCCUGCCUCUGGUCACAAUAUUCAAUCUUCUAUGCACAAAAAAUCCAAGGAGUCUAAGAAUAUCCCCACAGCUGUUCAUUUAAGUAGCAAACCAACUGAAGAAAAUAAGGGAGAAUUGAAAGAAAAUGGAGAAAAUGCAGAUCGGCCUGCAAUGGAGGCUGGUAAUGAAGUUGCCAAGCUGAAAAGUAGUGAAAAAGAUGGCAGUGCUGAAAGUCCAAAUUCUAAGCCAGAAAAAACUAUUAAUAAUCUCCUAGAUAAAAAAGAGAGUGCUGCCUCUCUUGAAAAAGGUGAGGACAGUGAAUGUCAGAGCCUGGAUUGUGAAAACACAGUAGUUACGAGAAAAGGUUCCUCUGAUGAGGGUACCAAGAACUGUUCCAGUAACUGUUCAGAAAACACACAAACCAGUUUAGGUAAGGAAAAAACUAUUGUAGAGCCCAUCCCAAAGAACAAAGAUGAGGUCAAAUCCUAAAAUUGGGACCUAGACAUCAGAUUGUGACUCCUGCUGUUAAACAAUUUUUGUUGUUUUCAUUUUGGAAGUCUUAAGUCAAGAUGCAUUUUAGGCUCUGAGUUUUCAAAUUCAGUUUUGUAUACAGUUUAUAAUAGCUUUAAAAUAACAUACUUGGUACCUUGAAACAACUAUCUGUGUUUGACAUAGAAAUAGUAUCCUUUUAGGAUAGAUUGCAUUCUAUACAGGGAAAAACAAAACAGUUCUGUUGUGUUGUGUUACACUGCUUUAUCCUUUACUUAGUUUCCUUAAAAGAAAGUAAGAGGUCUUUGGUCUUCUCAAAGGUAUUCCAAAAGCAAUUUGGGUUUUGGGGAAUUCCUAAAAAAAUUAUUUUGAAAAUCUUCAAAAUGAAAAGGAUAUUCUUGGUUUAGUCACUGUAAUAUGCGUAAGCCCACUUUUAAAAUCUUUAUAAAUUGAUAAGAUAAGUUGCCAGACAGCAUUAAGAACUUCGCAUGUAAAGGAUUAUGCUGACCUUCAGCUUGAAUUUGAAAUAGAAUGUUGACUCGAGCAUAACUUUAAAUUCUGUAGAUUUUCUCUGAAAAUAAAUCAUAGCUAUGUUUUCCUGAGCUAAGCACUCAAUAUAAAUAUUGAUUCGAUAGACACAAAGAAACAAGAUUUCUGAGUACAUUGUAUAAGCUUUUAGGGGUUGAUCCCGUGUCUUUCAGAUAAUUAUUUAUUUACAGAAAAGCUGAAGAUAUGAGGAUUGAAAAAUGGGGAGGUUUUAUUUUUAAAUACUUAGAACAGGUAUGAAAUCUGCUCUCCCUUGCAAGGCAUUUAACAGUGUAAACACAGAUAUCUCUAUAAGGUGCCUUAUAAGAUCGAUACAUUGAUGUGGUCCUCUAUCUAAAGAUAAAGGAGCAUGUGAUUCCCCUCUCUUAAUGUGUUAAGCUUUGAACUUGGAAAAAAAUUUGAAAUCCAUUACACUUGGUUUGAAUAUAGUUACAAUGCAGGACACCGAACCACCCAAAUUUUAUCUGGGCAGACAUUUAUGCUAUCAAUGCUGACUACAAACUGUAGUAAAUAGUUAUAUGAAUUGCUGUAGAUGAUGAAAAAAGGUAAUGAUGGCCAACAUUUUGGUGGUAAACUUCUCCAAGCUUAGACUGGUUCUUAGGUAACACAUAUUCAGUUAUACAUGGCCAUAUUCGAAGCCUUCAAGCUUGCCUUCAAGAUUCUCCCAGAGAUUAAGCUAUACUCUCAUAGCCUUUGAAUAUCUACAGAUAACCCCAACACCACAGGAAGUCAUGGAAGUAGGCAAUAAUGGAGGUUUAGCAUAUAUAUAUAUCUUAAUUUUCAAACAUCUGAAUGAUGAGUUUGAUUAGAUUAUUUGUAGAAAUUGUGAGUAGAAAAGGGGGAAUCAUAAUCACUUUAGUAAAAUCUUAAGGCAUGUACCUUGAACUUACUCUUAUCAAUGGGCACAACAUUUUUGUUUUAUUCACUUCUUUUGGGAAGAAGUAAUUUUCUUUAUUUUGCUUCCUUUUUUUAGGUUAGGGGUACUUUAAAAAUCAUAAAUCCAGAAAAAUGCUUUAAUAUGCACUAGUUUGAAUUCCAUUGCUUCUCUUCCAGAUGCUUCUGUUGAUCAACUUCUUUGUGUUAUAUUUUGGGGGUCUUAGAAAGCAACCUGCCAUUGCUUUCCUACCUCACCCAACUUCUAAAUUUAAUCAGGCAUCAGAGAUGACUGGUUUUGUUUGGUGUUGUUACAACAUUUACUUUUUUGAAGUUUAAUUGUGACUUUUUACACAAAAUGGAAUUUCAUAUCAAUAGGUAUCAUCAAAAAAUGAUGUUAUUGUUUUCUGAAACAUGAAUGUGAGAGUUCUUUUAUGUCAUGAUGAGUAUUAUUUUGACCAUUUUAUUAUUUUAAAUUUUGUAAAGUGCCUACUUUUGCUUUUCUCUUAUUUUAUGCAAUAUAUCCUAUGGUUGUAUUGACCUUUUACACAUCCCUUUCUUGAUUCUAUGCAGGAAACCUGUAAAAUAACAUGUGGUGCCCAGCAUAGCACCAUGCUUUUGUGGGUACCUCAUAAAUGCUGUUUGAUGUGAGUUGGGGAAAAGGAGAGGCUUCCAUAUCUGAUGCUAGAUAAGACAAGAACAGUGUUUAUGAAACAUCUUUAAGAGUUUAUUAAAAAUAAUAGAUAUGGUUUAUUCAACUGUCAAAAGUACCUUUGCAUUUUGGACAUGUGUUUCUGUACUCACUGUUCAUAGCUAUGUCCUCAGAAUAUUCAGCAAAUAUAUAAUAUUAGUAAAUCAGAGAAAAAUAAUUAAAUAAUCAUUUAUAAUAGACUAUAAACUUUUAUUUAUAUAUAAUUCUAGCAUAUCAUAAGUCAUUGAGGUGGCAACAAACUCUAGAUUGUACACUAAUAUAGUAAUAGCUAACAUUUAUAUGGCGCUUUACAUACAUUUUCACAUUUGGUCCCAAUGAGAACUUAGUGAAUUAGGUAACUACAGGUAUGAUUGUUCCCAUUUUACAGAUGAGGAAAAUGAAGCCCCUAGACAGUAAAUGGCUUGUCUAUAGUCACACAGGUAGAAAAAUAUCAGGCAGGAUUCAGGCCCAAGUCUCUCCUGAUUCUAAGUCCAGCACUGUCCAUUACUCUUUAAAAAUAUUUUUCUAAUUAAGAGUUCCUUUUCUUGUAUACAAUAUUGUCUAGUUUCAUGAAAUUUUCUAAUACAUAGUCCUUCAGAGAAAACUGACUUUCUUCCACAUGGAUUCUGGUCUUCCUUACACUAGGGGCUUUUUGAAACAUGUAAUAAGGUCAGAGGGUUUUUGAGAAUAGAAUAAAAUUAUUAAGAGAAUAUAAUCCUUCUUGCAGCUGCACAAAGUGCCAAAUAUCUUGUAUUUGUUUUUCUAUCAAGAAUACUUUGUGAAUUUAGUAGCUUGUUUUAUAAAGUAUGCAGAAAUGCAUUUCUAUGUAUUUGAAACUGGAAUCAGCCCUGUAGGUCUGGUUUUGUCAUCUUAUAUUAAAAUACACACACACUCACACACACACACACAUACACACACACACACACACACACACACACACAAACUAUUGUGGUUACUAAGGCAUAUUGUAAAGCUAUUCUUACCAAAAAAUGUAGAGAAGCAUGUAUAAUGCCAGGAACAAUACUGAGCCUUUGUGAUAUAUAGUCCUUAUCCUGUACCUGAGGCUACAAGGAUAUGCAGUAGGAUAUUGAUAUAAUUGAUAUAAUUGUAUUUCAUGGCAAAUAGAUGUAAUGCUGCAUGGAUUAUUCUAGGACAUUUUUGAUAAUUUGCCAUUUUAUUUUUUUGUACUGGGCAUGAAAAAGAUCUAUACCAUUAAACAAUUCUGCCAUUCACCAUACAAUUUUGGUGAUUGUUCCCAUGAAAAAAGCUCCAAGGAAUUCAAUUAGAGAUUUAAGUGGAAAUUUUAGUCAGUUUUCUCUUAAUCAAGUUUAUUACACACUUCUCAAAGGUACUUUGUUUAACUCUCUUUUCAAUUCAUGUUUUGAGGGCAUUUUUCUUUGAGUUUAUGGAAGAAAAUAAAACCCUGUGACCAUAAGUUAGCACAAUCAUUAGGGAGGUUCUAACCAACCUUUUUAGCCAACUAGGGAGGCUGUCAGAUGGCUUCCAGAUAUUAGUCACCAUCAGUUCAGAUUUUGUUGAGAAGAAAUGUGCUUUUCUUUAAGCUCUUUUCUGAAUAGCAGUCUAAUUUUUUGAGAGGUGAUUGGAAAUAAAAAUUAAGUGUAGCAUAUUAUGUAUGCAUUGCUUCAAUAUAUUUAGUAAGUAAAAUCUUCAUUUAUAAAGAUAAUUUAAAUUUAGUGCAAGCGUUUCUUUAAAAUUCAUAUUUCCUAAGUUAAAAUUUUGUGAUAAUUGACUUAUUUAAUCCACAGUAUAUUACAUCUAGCAAAAAGACAUCCCAUUUUAAAAUGUUUUUCAAGUAUUUCUUCCUACCUUGAAAAGAAAGGACAAUGUGUCUCAUUCUAUCUUGCUUUAUCUUGGUUGUUGAUUGCACCUGCAGCAGUGUAAUUAGGCAUCUUUCCUCUCUUAGGAGGAAAGUCCUACUUGGUUCUAGAAAUAACACCUCACCAUAUUUGACAAUAGAUGCAGCCAUUAAACAAUACCCAAGUUGAAAUUAUUACUCUACCUUCUUCUAAAUCCCAUGUCAGGGGAAGUAAUAAACAGUAAUAUUUAAAGUUCAGGCAAGAAGAUAGAUCUAGGACGCUUCCUUGGAAGCUCAUUAAGACCAGGGUGUCUAAUAUCGCUUCAGAUUAUAGUUGUAGAGAAAGAUGACUGUCAGUGAAGCAUGAAAAAUCUGGGAACCAAAAAAUAAGGGAGCAUAUGUUUAUUUACUCAUUCUUCUUUCAACUUAUAGUUCUAUACUGCUUAUUGCACUAACUGAUUUUGUGUGGGUAAUUUCUAGGGUGACAGUGAGUUUUUGUUGGCCUGCUCUUUCCCAAUUGUGAAUAUCCCACCCAAUCAGCAAAAUGUGUACAGGAAAAUUCCAUGUUUUUAAAAAUCACAUAGGAUUGAAGCUAGUAAUGAUUUGCUUAUAAAUAAGUAUUCCUAGAGGUUUCCAGAUGUGCCUUACAUAGUGUAAGCAGUUUUCAUUAAGAAGCUGACACUUUAAUUCUUCAAUAAAAAUAUUAUAAGAAACCACAUCAUGAUAUCAAAUUUAUAAUAUUUAAUAUCAUGAAUGAAAUUGCUUUCCAUGCAAGUUACUGUUCCUUUUUUUCUUUUGGGAGAAAUGGCCUCUUGGUGAGAGUUGUAUUCAUCCAAAGAGGGAAAGGGAAAUUUAAGUGUAUUUUCCAUAAAGUUAAAUAAAUAUAUUGUUUUGGGGAAAGUGUUUGGAAUAAAAAGCAUAAACUAUUUAGUGUGUUAAAACUAUUUUUGAUUUCUAUUAAUUAAUAUAAUUUAUUUUUAGCUUUCAACACCUAUCUUAGAUAAAUAUGAACAUCACAUCUUGUACCUGCUGAUGUAAAUGGUACAAAGAGGCAGGAAAGGAAAGCCUUUUUGACUAACAUGUUAGAAGUUCAACUCUAAGAAAUUGUUAGAGGCAUCUAAAAACCACUUCCAUAACUGCUUUAACAAAUUAUGACUGCAUGAUUGAGUCCUGCUUCCCAAGAUAAUGAUGAUACUACUAAUAAAAGAAAUACUAAUAUCUGCUUUCUUUCUGGCUUGUUGACUCCUCUCUUUUUGGGGGGUAAGGAAUCAUAUGUACAAGAUGCUGAAAAUGUGUGCAUUCCUAAAUUAAAGUCAACCUCAUUAAAACUGCAGAUUAUAUGCAUUACAUAAGGCAAAAUGGCUUUGGCUCAACAGUGAAAUGAAUGCCUGUUCUUAUACCAUAUAUAUGAUUAGCAGUUGGUCACCAUCUUUUCAUUGUGUAGUACACUGAGAUCAACUUGACUCUUGUUAUACAAAUUAAAACUGCAUGUAAAUAAUUGUUCUCUGGGAAAUAGAUUGCUUUUAAAGUUGUAUUUUUUUGUUUCUGAGUCAGAAGUUUUUUUGGCAGUCCUAUUGCAGUUUUAAAAAAUUCAGUAAAAAGAUUCAGCAUGUUUUAAAAAAUAAGGUGAAAGUGCAAAAGGAUGCAAAUGCCAUGAGUUCUCAACAUUUAAUUGAUGUGCUUUAUAGAAUAUAUUUAAACCUUGAGAUUUAUUCACUACAUCCUCAUUCUUAAAAUUAUGGAAGGGGUAGUAUUUAUAUAAGGAAGAUGGUUUAAAAAGCCUUAAGAAAAUAGCUACAUUUAUAAGCUUCUGCUCCCAAGAAAUCUUCUAGUUUUUCCAGAGUGGGCUGAAUUAGUCAUUUGAGAUUUAUUGGAUAUUUACAUAAUUUACAGUCUAAUGGGGAGGAGAGGAGAAAGAAAACCACUAAAUAUUGAAAAAUCACAUUUAGAUAGAACUUUCAAGGUUCGCAAUAAACUUUCCACACAUAGGUCCUAUAAGGUAAGUAAUAUGUUUAUCCUCAUCAAGGUUCUGAGGUCCUUAGAAGUUGAAUGAUUUCCCCAUAGAGCUAGAAAGCAUGAAAACUGAGAAGCAUAUCCAGGUCUUUUGUUCUCUAAGAGUUUUCAUGUUCUUAAUCUUUUUAUGUGCAUAUCACAGGCACUUUUGUCAGUCUGGUUUAGCCUAUGCAUCCCUUUUCAGAAAAAAAAAAUAGUGAAGGAAAUACCAAAUUUUAAUUGGAGGCUAUUGAAAAUAGAGAUUUUAGAAAAUAGUCCAAAUUCAUAUACUCCCCCUAAAAACUAUCCACCGAUCCCUUGAGGAGACCUACAGACCCCAAAUUAAGAAUCCCUGAUGAAAUGUUGACCCUGGAAAAGAAAAGACUUGCUGGUGUGUGAGUGGUGCUGGGAAUUGGAGAAGUGGUAGCAAUUAUUUAAGUAUUUGAAAGGUUGAGAUAUGAAAAAGAGAUUAGAUUUGUUUCACUUGGUCUAAGUAGAUCAGAAUAAGAAUGAUGAGUAGAAGUUGCAGAGAGAUAGAGAUAUGCUUGACAUUAAAAAAAAAACCCAAAACAAAAGACUUAACUUUCUAAUAAUGAGUAGUAUCAAAAAGUUGAAUAGAAAAAGGGUUUUCCCUCUGGAAAGGGUAUGUCUGAAUGACUAAUUAUUGGAUAUUUGCAGAGGGUUUCUGGAACCUGAAAUUAUUUGGGGUAGAUGGCCUCAAUGUUUUUUUUUCCCCAGUCUGAGAUUCUCUGGUUCUCUAAGGAACAGAAACAAUCCUAAUAUAGAACCAUAUGAGGCCAUCAUAACCAACCAUAUUCUUGGAGGCAAUUGAUGCCAUUCCUUAGAACUUCAUCCAGGGCACAGUUCAUGAAUAAUAUUCCUUAAGUCAAGAUGCUACCAACUGUGGUGAGAUUAGUCUAGAAAAUUAUGGAAAUGGAAAUUUAUAACCUCAUUUUAUUACCCCCCCCUUCACCAUCUCCCCAGCUUAUUAUUGCUUUUAGGUAACCGGUUUCACUAAGAAGUUUCACUUCUCCUUUCCUCUGCUAACAAACUGUCUUAGACAGGAACACAUAUUUCUGUAGAUAAGACUGGCUACAAAGAGGAAGAAUGGAGAGUCUGAAAGUAAAACCCUGGUUUGGGAUUCAUAUCCUGUAUCUGUCACAUAAUAUCUUGUGACCUUGAGUAAAUCUCUUAACCUCUCUGGACCUCAGUUGAAAAAAAGAGAGAAUUGAACUAGAUGGCUAAUAAGUUUUCUAGCCCCAGUACUUGUUCUACCUAAGCAAAUGCUUAUUUAGAGGGCACAUUAGCCAGACACAAAAUAAUUAUCCUCCGUACUUCUGUGAAUCAAAUGCAUAUAAAAUAGGCAGAUCUUAACUCAUUAUAUUUACUAUCAAAAUUCAGAGUAUAAAUGAGGAUGAAUUACUUAUACCCUUCAACUGAUUUCAAAAAGGGUGUUCCCUAAGUGAUAUAAAUGGCAGGUUAAAAUCAAUUUACAAAUUCAUGUUGUAUAUCUUAUAUUUCGUGUAUUUCAGAAAAAAAUGGUGGUGUAUUUAUUUUUUAAAUGCACACAUUUUCAUUUUGCAGUGGCAAAUCUGUCGCGAUUGAUGGACCUGCCCUAUACUCUGUAUUCUCUUGCAGCAUAAAAUUACAGAAUGCCAUGCAUGUUUGUUAGCACCAAUACCAUAUGUAUGUGGUAGAAGUUGUAACCAGUUUCUGGAUCUGUAUGGUACUAUAAAAUGCUUAUUUUAUAAUUCUGUAACUGUAUGGCAGUGUUAUGCCAACAAUGUAUAAAGAGCAAUAGUUUCUGUUGCUUUUUGCUAGAUUUUAAAAUAUUGUUUCUAAAAUAAUAUAUUUGGAGUUCCAUUCAAGUAAAUAUUUUUUAAAAUUCCCCAAACUAUAUCCUGUAAUAAUAAUAAUUAUUAUUAUAAUUAUAAUAAUAAAGCCUCUUCAAUUUAGCAGCAACAUUUUAGCAUGGUGUUAGAGAACAUUAUGUUGGUUUUUGCAUGAUUAAAUUUAAUUUUUGAAGAACUAGAA